ACAUGUGCACCGGACACACAACUCUCUCCUGAGCGGACACUGCGGGGAAAGCAAGGAACGAGCCCACCAUGGAAUAGGAAUACUGCUGGACAAAACGGGGGAAAAACCUCUCUCUCAUCUUUCUUCCUUUUUCCCCCUUUUUCUGACGCCCUUUUCUCUCUCUCUCUCUCUCUCUCUCUCGCGCACCUCUCCCCCGCGCUCUCCCUCUCGAUGUCUCUCAACAGUUUCUAAAGGAAUUGAAGGAAAGAAAAAUGAGGAUUAUUAUUUUGUCUUGGCACUUUCUCGGGGUGUAUUCCGCCCUAAUGGGGCUGGUGACGGGGGCUUUCCCCAGCUCAGUGCAGUUAGGUGGGUUGUUCAUUAGGAAUACUGAUCAGGAGUAUACAGCGUUCCGACUAGCUAUCUUCCUCCACAACACCAGCCCUAAUGCUACGGAGGCUCCAUUUAACCUGGUCCCGCAUGUCGACAACAUAGAGACGGCCAACAGCUUCGCCGUCACCAAUGCAUUCUGUUCUCAGUAUUCAAGAGGGGUCUUCGCCAUCUUUGGCCUUUACGAUAAGCGCUCGGUGAACACGCUGACGUCGUUCUGUGGGGCCCUGCACAUCAGCCUGGUGACGCCCAGCUUCCCCACCGAGGGAGAGGCUCAGUUCACCCUGCAGCUCCGGCCCUCCAUCAGAGGGGCUUUGCUGUCACUUCUGGAUCAUUAUGACUGGAGCCGAUUUGUCUUCCUCUACGACACAGACAGAGGUUAUGCAAUACUGCAGGCAAUUAUGGAGAGAGCGGGGCAGAACGGAUGGCAGGUGAGUGCUAUCUGUGUGGAGAGCUUCAAUGAGGCUGCAUACCGCCGACUCUUAGAGGACCUGGACCGACGUCAGGAGAGAAAAUAUGUUCUUGACCUGGAGCCUGAGAGACUACAGAGCAUCCUAGAACAGGCUGUCAGUGUGGGGAAACAUGUGAAAGGUUACCAUUACAUCGUAGCCAACCUGGGAUUUAAGGACAUAUCUCUGGAGAGGUUCAUGCAUGGCGGUGCCAAUGUGACUGGUUUCCAGCUGGUGGACUUCAGCAGGCCUAUCGUUAUUAAACUGAUGCAGCGCUGGAACAAACUGGAUCAGCGAGAGUACCCGGGAUCUGAAAGCCCACCUAAGUAUACCUCAUCUCUGACAUAUGAUGGCGUCCUUGUGAUGUCCGAGGCCUUCCGCACCCUUCGCCGUCAGAAAAUUGAUAUCAGUCGCCGUGGCAACGCUGGGGACUGCCUGGCUAACCCAGCUGCUCCCUGGAACCAGGGAAUAGAUAUGGAGCGUGCACUCAAACAGGUGCGCAUUCAGGGCCUGACUGGGAACAUUCAGUUUGAUCACUACGGUCGGAGGGUGAACUACACCAUGGAUGUGUUUGAACUGAAGAGCAACGGACCACGCAAGAUUGGCUACUGGAAUGACAUAGACAAACUUGUGUUGGUCCAGAAUGAAAACGUUCUGUCCAAUGACAGCACGUCGAUGGAGAACCGAACAGUAGUCGUGACAACUAUCAUGGAGGGUCCCUAUGUGAUGCUGAAGAAGAACCAUGAACUCUUUGAAGGGAACGACCAGUUUGAGGGAUACUGUGUGGACUUGGCCUCAGAGAUCGCAAAACACAUCGGAAUCAAAUACAAGAUCUCCAUUGUACCGGAUGGGAAGUAUGGAGCCAGAGAUCCAGAGACCAAGAUAUGGAACGGCAUGGUGGGAGAGCUUGUUUAUGGGAAAGCAGCAAUCGCUGUGGCCCCGCUGACCAUCACUCUGGUGAGAGAAGAGGUGAUCGACUUCUCGAAGCCCUUCAUGUCUCUGGGAAUCUCCAUCAUGAUCAAAAAGCCCCAGAAGUCUAAACCCGGUGUUUUCUCUUUCCUGGACCCUCUGGCCUAUGAGAUCUGGAUGUGCAUAGUGUUCGCGUACAUUGGAGUCAGUGUUGUGCUGUUUUUGGUGAGUCGCUUCAGUCCGUAUGAGUGGCAUGCAGAGGAACCAGAGGAGGGAACAACAGAGCUUGGCCCCACCGACCAACCUCCCAAUGAGUUUGGCAUCUUCAACUCCCUCUGGUUCUCACUGGGAGCCUUCAUGCAACAGGGCUGCGACAUCUCACCACGGUCCCUGUCUGGGCGUAUUGUUGGAGGUGUGUGGUGGUUCUUCACCCUCAUCAUCAUCUCCUCUUACACAGCCAACCUGGCUGCUUUCCUCACAGUGGAGAGGAUGGUCUCCCCCAUAGAGAGCGCGGAGGACUUGGCCAAACAGACCGAGAUAGCCUACGGGACACUGGACUCAGGUUCUACUAAGGAGUUUUUCAGGAGGUCCAAAAUAGCCGUAUACGAGAAGAUGUGGUCGUUUAUGAAGUCUGCCGAGCCGUCAGUCUUCGCCAAAACCACGGCAGAGGGCGUGGCGAGGGUCCGCAAGUCCAAGGGAAAGUACGCUUUCCUCCUGGAGUCAACAAUGAACGAAUACACGGAGCAGCGGAAGCCUUGUGACACCAUGAAAGUCGGGGGGAACCUGGACUCCAAAGGAUAUGGGAUUGCUACACCGAAAGGCUCACAGUUAAGAAACGCGGUUAACCUGGCCGUGCUAAAGCUCAACGAGCAGGGCCUGUUGGACAAAUUGAAAAACAAGUGGUGGUAUGACAAAGGAGAAUGUGGCAGCGGGGGAGGGGAUUCCAAGGACAAGUCGUCCCAGGCCCUGAGCCUGUCCAACGUGGCGGGGGUCUUCUACAUCCUGGUGGGCGGCCUGGGCCUGGCCAUGCUGGUGGCCCUGGUCGAGUUCUGCUACAAGUCACGGGCCGAAGCCAAGCGCAUGAAGCUUUCUUUUUCUGAAGCCAUGCGGAAUAAGGCCCGUCUGUCCAUCACAGGAAGUGUGGGGGAGAAUGGCCGCGUCCUGACGCCAGACUGCCCCAAAGCUGUGCAUGCUGGCCACGCCUCCCUCCGACACCCCGGCCUUGCAGUGAUCUCCUCCGGACUGCCCUGAAAACCAAAAACACCUGCCGUGCCUUAACGACACACAAACAUAGAGACUUGGACAAGGAUACACACACAACCACACGCAAUCAUACACUUACCAAUAUCCUGCAUAACACACACACAGACACACAAAUACAUGCAUUUAAUAACAGAUACUCAAAGCUCACAUUUAUACACACUUGAAAACAGAAUCACAGACUGCGCAUCAUCAUCUCACUUUCCUGCUGCCAUUGACUUAUUUUACAAGAGAUAAGUGAAAUUCAACUAUGGAGUGAGCAGUGGAGAAAAAAGCAAAGGACAACAAUGACGUUCACACUUGCCUGCAGCAUUCAUUCUGUUGUUUUUUGGGAGGACACAUGACAGGAAAGCCAGCACAGACUUUUGUGAAAUGAACUAUGAGCUUCGAACCUGACCGCAAAACUGAUCAUGAUGAUGAUGAGACAAAUAUGGUGAUCGCAGCUGACUGUAAAAAAAAGAAAAAAAGACUACCAAACAACUCUGUUCCUGGUCUUUCUUCGUUGGACAGUGUUGGCCAAUGAGCCCCACACCUUGACAACGCCUUACUAAGACUACAAACAUUGUUUUCAUCAUCAUCAUCAUCAUGGUCAACGUCCUCUUAACUUGCCUGCAAAGAGUGCCAGGUAUUAUCACCCUUAGAAGACCAGAAAACUGUAAGCUUGAACGUUUGGACUGUACAAACCCCCCUUCUUUGCCAUUGACUGUUCAAACUGAAUGAAAAUGCUUUCUUACUACGCAUAUAGAAUAGUUUCUCGCCCCCAAAACCAGCGAGAUAAUCAGCCAAUACAAAACAGAAGUAACCUCGAAACACACACAUGUGGCUAAUCUCAACCACAUUAUUCACAGGGGUUUGUAAAGAAAAAAAACAGUAGUAAUUAAUUAAGUCCUUCAUCAAUAGCAUCGUCAUGACAGUAGAAAUGCUAAAUAGCAAAUUGUCCAUUACUUUUUGCCUAGGGGCAAAAGGUGAGGUUUAAACUGUAUAUUCAGUGAUGGAAAUAAAAAAUAAAACACAUGGGCAGAUCUCAAAUGGCUACCUAACAGAGUGCUUCUCAACCUGAAUGCAGGGACCUUAUUAAAAAUGUACAGAAUAAAUGGGAAUGAAUAUUGUGUUUAAUUAUGGAAACUAAUUCUGCCUCCAUGUCUUCUUGAAUAAUUAAUCCAGGCAAUGGAAAAGGCAAAUAAAAGUUCAUCAUUCUUUGCAUGUUUCCUACUCACGGCUAGAGUAGUAAACCAUUUGUUUCAAGUGCUGUAAUAAGGUUGAGAACCACUAUUCUAUGCUGUGGGCACUUCAUUUAACUUGACCUACAGUAUAGGUAUCAUUUUCAAUUUUCUCUAAAGGUAAAUGACUCUAAUUGGCAGUUAGGUUGUCAUUUGAGAUUUUCAGUCUUUUCCACUGGCCGGGUAAAGGUACCAUAUCAGAAAGCUUGCAUUUUAAAACUGUUGUAAAUAACUGCGUAGCAAAACAGAACUCACCUGUCUUUUUUAAUCAUCUUAGAUAACAAUUCAUUGCAAUAAUGAAUAUAAAAGAAAAUGCCAAUACUUGUAAUUAAAAUCAAAUCUUUUUUAUAAAUCUACAUAUUAUAUAUAUAUAAUACAAAUAAAUAUAUAUCUAUACGUCUAUAGAGAGCUAUAGAAAACAUUGAUCACAGAUUGUCAGAGGCCAUGGCAUACAUUCUGUUACAUGGCUGUUUUUUUGAUAACUUGAGAAUAUUAUUAUGCCACAGUCUUUGUGUGUCCUGCUCAACACUGAAUGUCCAUCUGACACUCACACGGACACACACAUAGAAUCGCACGCAAACACAUUGUUGCAUACACAGGGUCAGCUCAGAGUGAUCACCACUUUAUUUUUGCCUGUCUGUCUAUUUCACCAGUAGUUUAUCACUGUUCUUCAUUGUCUAACGAUGUUUGUUUUGUUAUCACUAAACCUUCUGAUAGCGAGCUGCAAAGGCCCCUGAAACAGCAUGGAGAUGCCAGUAUUCAGCACUGGAGCCGAUACAAUGAGAACGCUCAUUCAGGCAGGCUGCUAGAGAGGAUGGGCCACUGCGAUCACUGUACUGUAGAGAAACAAUGCUGUCUGACUUCUGGAGGGUGUAGCAUUUGUGUUGUAUAACGCCUCAGUGCUUUUUGUUAUUUGUCUUCUCACCAAAGUGAGUCAGCUUCAGAUUGAAAUUGAGUUCAAGCUGAGCAGGGUUUGUUAUUUCUGGGGACAUGUUUUGGUCUAUCAUACUUGGCAAGAGCAAUCAAUCAACAUAACAAAUCUGUUAUAUACCAUAUGGCAGUCUGCUUUGGGACAUCCACUUAAUUCAAGCCUUGGUGAGAGGAAAAUAUUUAAAAAAAUAAUAAUAUCUGAGGCUCAAUUAGGAUAAAUUAUUUUUAAAGGAUUGUCAGUGCAGUUCUACUUUUUGUUGUAAUGCAACUCGGUAUGGUGGAAGUGUGAGAUAGUGUCAUAAUACAACAGUACUGUAUGUGGGAAUGAAAUAUUGUGUGUUCUGCCCUGCUGCUUUUUCCUUUUCUCCCUUGACCUCUUUGGGUUUUUUCUCCCAUUUAUCCUGUGCCCUGCCGCCCAUCCCUCAACUCAUACCUCCCUCUUGUUUAGCCUCUCCCUUCCUCUCUUUCUGCUUUCGUCUCCCACUCCUGUCCUACAGUGUGACACAACUCUCUCUACAAGGAGCAUCUCAGAAAUGAAAAAUAACUUUAUUUUCCACCUUGACACACUGCAAAAUAAUGGGAUAGAGAACUUGAGACAUCACGGAAAAUCUGAGUUUCUCCUGGUUCUUCGAUCUGAACCUGGUAUACCUCUGAAAUCAUAACCUCUAACAUUUUACACAAAAAAGUCCCUUAUUUGUUUAACUCACACAUUUUGUUUUGUUUUACUUACACUGGACAUCAAUCCUACAUCCAAUGUAAAACACAAAAGAAAACGUUGAAAAUACUAUCUUAAAACCACAAGCUUCUGGCAGAAAAGAUAGUUAGACAGUUUCUAAUAACCUCUACUCCGCCCGGGGAUCAGUACAGCAGCACUGCAGCAAUCAAACAGGAGAGGGAAAAGGAAAUAGUUAUCCAGAGGAUACAUUUGUGAAGAGACAUUUAACAAGGAGUUAUCACCACACCAAGCAGACUGUACAUUAUACUGUUGUGUUUAUUUCUUUGCCACCUCCAGCACAUAAGAUUUCAUGCGUCGACAGCAAAAGCAGACUGCUAGUCUGUCCACACUCUGGCUUAAACACUGUUUCUUUCUUCAUUUGUUUCUUGUCCUUCCAUUUGGUUUCUUUUCUAGUAAAACAU